AUGGCACGUGACCCACCCUCUUUGCUCUCCUCUUCGGAGCUGAGGGAUAUAUCGCUGACUCCGACUGCGAUACGUUCAGCCAAGAUAACCAUUAUACAUCCUCAAUUGAGAGAUCUAAUCCUACCACUUGAGAGGGGGAGAGUACUAUAUCCUCGAGGUAUGUCUAUCGAAGAGCAAAGAUGGCUGCCUGCUGCAAAUGCAGAAGAGAAUGAGUAUGGUGAAGAAGGUACAACUAAAAGGGGUAUCACUGGAAGUACUCGACCGCUCUUGAAUCUCAAUUUCGUACCCAACUGUCUUACCGCAAGUUCAUCAAUCUUUGCUUGCGGUGGACAACAUGGUGAACUGUAUAUAAGCGACUUACCUCAACCGCUAAGUACGGGUCCACUGUCAGCGAAGUAUACUACAUCAGCACCCAAGAUUAAACCAUUCACCAUAUCUACAACUCUAUCCGGUCGAUCAAUCAAUAAUAGUAUCAUCAUACCACCCACAUUUCCUGAUCGAUGGUCAAAGGUAUCGGAAGAAAGAAAAUUAGGUUAUAUAGGACGUGGAUCUAGGAAAUGGGAAGAAAUUGGAAGAUAUGGUAAAGUAGAUCUUUUGGGUAAAACGGAAAAAGGUCAUUGGAUAACUAGAAAACUUUCAUCAACAACAAAUAACUUGCAUAAUGAUGAAGAUGAACUGAUGGAAGACCAAGAUGAAUCAAGUUCAGACGAGGAUGACCACGAUGAAGAAGACAAUGAAGAAGCUGAAACCGAGAUUAUGUCAGAAAUGGAUGAUGACGAGAAUCAUGACGGUGAUGGUGAAGAAGUGGAAUAUGAAGUUUCUCCACAUUCACCAAUUUCAAGCUCAUCAGUCGCGACAUAUCCAAACACAGUACCAUUCCUUCAUGCUCCUAGAAUUCCUCAUUUGCCAAAUCCCUCUACGCCAAUUAUGAAUCGAGGUUCCUCCUCAUCAUCAAGAAGGACAGGAUCCUAUAGUAAUCCUUCAAGAGAUCGGACAGCUAGAUUAUCUUUUUCAUCAUCGCAAGAAGGUGAGGGUAGAAGAUACGGACAUCCUCCUAUCCAAGUGGUAACAUCUCGAAAUGUCGGUCAUAUUUCUCCCGCGAUGGGAUCUGCCUCAUCAAGUACCUCUACUCGAACAGCUCGAGGUAUCGUACCUCCUCAUUCUCGACUUCGAGAGUUCAAUCGUACAAAUGGAAAUAGGCGAAAGUCUGUAAUUGAUGAACCUCGGAUUCUCAUAUCAAACAACGAUUGUACCGUCAAAAUGUUUUCUCUUCACGCUAUUCAAUCACCCUCACAUACGGUAGAAAGAGAUCCAAUGGCAGCGCCUUUUUACGAAGAAGGUAGAGAACCAUUUGUAAAUCCUCAACUGAGACCUACGAGAUCAAGAGAUUCACUUUCUUCUAGACCUCUUGAUAGGCUAGGUCUAGGUGCACCUAGAAGCUCAACGUCGAGAACGGGCACCGCGUUCGAAUGGAUCAGUCCUACGUCUUAUAAUCACCAUGGGCCUAUCAACUCAUCGACACCGUUCACAUUGGCCGAGAGAGAAACGUUAUCGCUCCAAAGGGAAUUGCAGAGAGCUUCAGAAGGCUUAAGAGAAGAGUCUGAUUCUCUAAGAAGAAGUAGAGAAGAUUUCGAGAGAAUAAUCGGUAUGAGAAUCGGACUUGGAAGAGAAGGCGAUCAUAAAGACCAAAGAGAAGAAAGGAAACUGAAUAAAGUUGGUGGUACUAGAUUCAAAGUGGCUACAAACCAUUCUUCAUUGUCACCCGAUUUGAAGACCAUGGUAUCAGUCGGCGAUUCGACUGAGGUCAGCAUCUUUGAGGUUAUCGACGGCGGAAGGGAGUUUAGGAAGAUUGCAAUCUAUGAUGCUGCCACAGACGCUGGGUUUUCGACAGCGUGGAGUAAAGAUGGUCGAAAAUUUGCUGUUGCAAGUCAAGACGGACAAGUGACAGUAUGGGAUCAUCGAUCUUCUCAGCCGUUAGCUAUAUUCCACACUUCUGCAGAUGCAGCUUCGUCUUCAUCUUCGGACCAACAGCCAUCAUUUAUAAACGAUAUCUCCGCAUCACACUUAUCGUCUUCACCCACAUCUUCUAAUUCAUCCGGAUGGAAUGUUGUUGGACCGGAAGGAGUCACAUUGCGAGAUCCAAUAACGGGCGAUCAACGUAGUGGAACUAGCACAUCAGGUAAAGAAGCGGCUAGGGUUGUGAAAUUUAGUCCAGAAGGCAGUGGAAGGGAUUUAAUGGUUUUCUCAGAGGAAAACACAAAUAUACACGUAAUUGACGCUCAGACGUUUCAUACACAUGUGGUUCUACCUGUACCUCAUAUACCGACAGGUACGGCAGAUCCAGAUAUUUCACUACGUCCAAGACAAGGAAUCGAGAAUGGCACCUGGGGAAUAGCAGGUGUAGGAUUUGACCCUACAGGAGAUUGGUUAUAUAGCGGUACGGAAAGGACGGUUGUUGAAUGGGAUUUAAGAAGAAAUGGUCCGCCAGGUGGCGGUGGUGGUGUUUGGGAAUUAGCGUGA